AUGCCACAACAAAAUGAACAUCUAUCUUUUACAUCAGAUGAAUUUGUCUUCGAUAUGGAUUAUUCCGAAGCACGUAAUAUACUUGACUUAACAACAACAAAACAAAAACAACUUCGUCGACAACGUUCACAAACAUUAUAUACACAAUUAUUACUUAAACGAACAUAUGUACAUGUAUGUGAAUUAUUAAAUUCAGAUUGUUUAAUAGAAAAACCUAUACCAUUAUCAACAGUUGAUACAAAUAAACGAAAAUUAUCAUCUGAUCAUCAUGAUGUAUCAUCGAAAAGUAAAAAAUGUAAAAAUUCUAUUGAUAAUGAUAUUUUACAAUUUCUUCGUGAAUUAAAUUCUGUCAAAGUAACAAACAGUGAAUACAUCGAACUCUCUUCAUGUUGUUCAUCUAUUGGACAAACAAUGUCAAUUGCAGUGGUCGUACGAAAACAAUCAACAGAUACAUCCUGA